AACGCAUGGAAGACCCAAUAAACUUGGCACGACUCGUAUACUAGUGAUACGUCAGACGGGACGUCAGGGCGUCCCACUACGUCAGAGGUGCGCCAGUAGGACGUCAGAUACUAGUGAACACGGGAGACGGGGCAUCAGGCGCGCUAGCGACGGCAGCAGCAACGCGUCACAACCAGGACACUGCCGAGCGCGGGCGGUGACGUAAGUAACGGCCAGCCGGCUCCAAACGAACUUCGCUCCCCUUGGUCCGCCGGCCGACCGCCCGGCUCUCACUCCUCGGAGUGCUGCGCUGCUGCCAGCGCUCUAGUUGAGUUGGUCUGUUCGCCAGCCAGAUCAAGCUUCCGCUGCUGGCGCCGACCGCCGCACGCCAGGCCCGCCGAUCGCCAGCAUGGAGCACGUCACUAGCCACCAGAGCAAGGCAGCCUCGGACCUGUACCGGGUCCUGGCCGGGGCCAGCGCUGACAACGUGUUCCUCUCACCCUUUAGCAUCAGCACGGCGUUGUCGAUGGUGUUCGGCGGAGCGGACGGCAACACCGUUCUCCAGAUGCAGCAGGCUCUGGCGCUACCUGAGGACAGGGUAGCGCUACACAACGGCUACAGUCGGGUACUGAAGAUGCUGCAGGAUCCGCCGGACGUCACACUGAACACGGCGAACAAGCUGUACGUGCAAAAUGCGUACAAGAUCUUGGACACCUACUCUGGUCUGCUGGAGAAGCAGUAUCUGAGCGAGCUGAAGAGUGUUGACUUCGGCGACGCCGCCGGUACAAGCAAGCUGAUCAAUGGUGAUGUAGAGGCACUGACAAAGGGAAAAAUCAAGAAUCUAAUCGAUUCAGGUGCUUUGAGCCGAGGUGUUCGUCUUGUACUUGUGAACGCCAUCUACUUUAAGGGCUCGUGGAAACAGAAAUUUGCGAUCGAAGCCACAAUGAAACGGGACUUUUUCAUCAGCCCGGGAAUCGCUGUCGGAACAGACAUGAUGCAUUUGGAUGAUGUGAGACUCAACUGUGCAAGCCUUACGGACAUUGCCUGCAAGGCCCUUGAGCUGCCUUACAAGGGAGAAAGGUUUAGCAUGCUUAUCCUUCUUCCCGACGAAAGGGAUGGCCUGAGGUCCCUGGAGGAGAAACUAUCGACCGCGUCGAUCCAGGCCAUCUGCGCCAAGCUUCACAAUCAGAUGACGAUGGUCGUGAUGCCGAAGUUCAAGCUCGAGACAACUUACGACCUCGUCGAUCAUCUGAAGAGACUUGGCAUCAUUGAUCUCUUCGAUGCAAACGCAGCCAACCUGUCUCGAAUUUCCGACACUAAGGACCUGUCCGUGUCCAGCGUGGUACACAGGGCGUUCAUCGAGGUCAACGAAGAUGGCAGCGAGGCCGCCGCUGCUACAGCUAUGGUCAUGGUGCAGUGUUCAGCGCCCGUGCACACAUACAAGUUUGAGUUUGUCGCCGACCAUCCGUUCUUCUUCGCCAUCAUCGACAGCAAGACUGGCCUGACGCUGUUCUCGGGCCGCUACAUCAAGCCCGAGUAGCUAGCACAGGCCAGAUGCCUUGUAAUUCAGAGCAACUGAACGUCUCACCUUUGCGUGUUUUAAUUAACGACGUCCAUUGGCCAUUCAUCUGAUCGUCCGAUUCCGCAACGAUUGUCCGAUUCCCGCAUCCGACGAGUAACCGAGUGUGCAGUAGAGUACAGCGCGUCAGCCCAAAUCGUAUUUUAAAGUCGGAAUAGAUGUUUUCUUAUGCACAAUUAAAUGUAAAGGCCACUGACCGUUUGCAUUUAAUUGGAGGUGUCUUUGCGUUCCAAAAUUGCGCAUUAAUGUGAUCGGUUUGUGGUGAUUUUAACGUGGCAACAAAUUUUUCCUAGAUCAUCUCUGAUGUGA